AUGGGGAGUUUUUAUCAUCAAAUUUUUGUUACACUUGUUCUUCUUCUAAGCAUAUUUCUACCAUGUUCAUUGUCAUCAACCACCAGGCGUUUUGAAUUUAAUGUCAAGUGGAAGAAUGUAAAGCGUCUGUGCAACACAAGGCCAAUACUUACUGUUAACGGGGAAUAUCCAGGACCAACCAUUAGUGUUCAUGAAGGCGAUAAUGUUGAAGUAAAGGUUACUAAUCGAGUUGAUAUGAACACCACUCUCCAUUGGCAUGGAAUAAGGCAAUUAAGGACAGGAUGGGCAGAUGGUCCAGCCUAUGUUACACAAUGCCCAAUUGGAACUGGAAAAUCUUACACUUACAGGUUCACCGUAGUCAAUCAGAGGGGAACUCUUUGGUGGCAUGCCCAUCUCUCAUGGCAACGUUCCACUGUUAAUGGAGCUUUUAUCAUCUACCCUCGCAUGCCUUAUCCUUUCUCAGUUCCAAUUCAAGAGGAGAUUCCCAUAACGUUUGGUGAGUGGUUCAAUUCAGAUGUGAUGGCAAUAGAAAAGGAUAUGAUGCUAACCGGGGUUGGACCUAAUGCUUCAGAUGCUUACACGAUCAAUGGCUUGCCAGGGCCCUUGUAUAAUUGCUCUCUUAAAGAUACUUUCAUCAAGACAGUCGAACAUGGCAAAACAUACUUGCUAAGGAUCAUCAAUGCCGCCCUCAAUGAUGAGCUCUUCUUUGCUGUGGCUGACCAUACUUUAACAGUCGUAGAAAUCGAUGCAGUUUACACAAAACCCUUUACAACAAAAGCUAUCAUGAUCGCCCCCGGACAGACCACCAAUGUGCUGCUCACUGCGAAUCAAAAGCCAGAUUCCACCGGCAUGUUUGUCUUGGCAGCAAGACCUUAUCUAACUUCAAUUUUCCCCUUCGACAAUUCCACCACAAUUGGUUUCCUGAAGUACAAAACCACAAAUUCAAAAGAAACAGUUGAGCUCCCAUUGCCAUCUUACACUUUACCAAGCAACCUCCCUGCAUUGCAAGAUACUGAAUUUGCAACGGAAUUCGCCAACAAGCUUCGAAGCCUCGGAUCUCCUCAGUACCCUUGUAAAGUGCCCAGGAAAGUCCAUAAGCAAGUGAUCACAACCAUAGGUCUCAAUCUUCAAGACUGCCCUCCUAAUAAAACUUGCAAAGGAUUUAGAAACCAGAGGUUCUUAGCAUCGAUGAACAACCAAUCAUUCAUUCGCCCUCCCAUAUCCAUCCUGGAAUGCCAUUACAAGAACCUCAGUAUGGCUAACCUGUUCUCCAAUUUCCCCGAAAAGCCACCCGUUCCUUUUAACUACACAGGAGUUAACCCUUUAACUGAAAACAUGAAUGCUGAAUUUGGCAGUAAGCUGGUGGUGGUACCAUAUGGCACGAGGCUAGAAAUUGUGCUGCAAGAUACCAAUUUCUUGAACCCGGAGAACCAUCCAAUCCAUGUUCAUGGGCACAACUUUUUCAUCGUGGGACGCGGAUUUGGAAAUUUCGACGCUGAAAAAGAUCCAUUGCAUUACAAUCUUGUGGAUCCUCCAGAGAGGAAUACGGUGGCGGUUCCAAUAGGAGGAUGGGCAGCAAUCAGAAUCCAUGCAGAUAAUCCAGGGGUAUGGUUCAUACAUUGCCAUCUCGAGGAACAUACGACAUGGGGUCUAGCCAUGGGUCUUGUUGUACAGGAGGGUAAAAACCCUUCACAGUGUUUGAUUCCUCCACCUGAUGACCUUCCUCCCUGCUGA